UUUUCCCACAGAGCCGCAAAGGCAACAGCUCACAAAAUCCGAGCUGGAACAGCAGCAGCAGCAGCAGCAGCAGCAGGAGCAGGAGCAGCCUUCUGCUCUUCAUCAUGACUUUGGCUGCCCUAAUGCCAUUGCCACAGGCCCGUCACCUGCACGACCAGGUGGCACUGGAUUACGCGUACGAUGAAGAUGCAUCCGGCUCAAACCGACCAGCGGCCGCCUCCUCCUCAUCGUCGUCGUCGUCCUCAGGGGCGGAGGGACUGCCCGCGUGGAAUGUGAACCCCUUCCACGGACUGGAGGACAGCUUCGGCGAGGGCAGCUACGACAGUGAUGUGAGCCUGAGCGAGAGCAGCUACGAAGAGAUCGCCCAAGUGGCCAUGAGAGCCGCACGACAGGAGCUCCGCCGUCAACGCACGCGCCAUGCGCGCAGCCACAGCCUGCGCCUCUUCUCCAGCACCUCUCAGACGCCCGAGUGGGAGAAUCCCUGCGGUGGCGUUUACCAGCCGGACGAGAGCCUGGCCGCUGACUCGGACAGCUCCAGCCAGGGACGCGUGAUCAAGCGAAAGCAUCUGGUCGCCUUGCGGAACAUCACCAUGAGCGAGUAUCAAUUCAUCCGCAGCAGCGCCAAACUGGAGUACGGCAAGUACCAGCACUGGCAGCGCGAGUACAAGUUCCUGCCAAACAUGACGCGGCCCACAAAUGCGGUGAAGCUAAAGACCUGGUACCGCCACAUGCAGACCUUUGUGGGCAGCUUCUCGUACCUGGGUCGGGCGCAGUACAAGUACCGCAAGGAGCACCAGCAGAACCUCAACGCCGUCACCCACGAGCUGCACGACCUGCUGGUCAGUGCGCGGAGCAUGCUCUGCGAGAUCGAGACGACCAUCAAUGCCUCCUAUCCAAACAGCAACGGGGCGAAGCUGAGCCGCGUCAGCCGCGAGGCGAUGCUGGAGCGUCUGCGCUUCCACACGCCAGCCGACGGUAGCCAGGAGGCGGACGAGCGCGACCUCAAGGUCAGCAAGGAGCUCUACAUCCAGUACUUGGACAACGUCUGGAAGACACUGCGCCGUGCCCUGCGAAAGCAGCACCGCAACAGCCAAGAACGGCGCCAACAGGUGGCAGCGGCAGCGGGUGUCGGUGCGACAGCGGGAGCGGGUGCGGGAGCGGGAGCGGGCUCCCUGAGGCACUCAGGCUCGGAGAGUUUCGAGCUUGGCAUCUCCAAUGCAGCACUGGCCAACGGAUCCGACUGCGGCGGCAGUGGGUCCGUGGAAUGCUGA